CAAGCGAUUCUAAACUAAAUUUUAGUUUUUAAUUAAAGUAUAUUCGUUUAAAUCAGCAGAAAGAAGAAAACAUCAAAUAUCUCAAGUCGAAAAAAAAAUACUUUCUGUAUGUCUAACAAAUUUGUUUUGCUUUUGUUUGUUUCAUUCAGUUGAGAAUUACAGUAUGGUAAAAAUGGCGGCCAGACGGCAGAAAUUGUGAAUCGUGUUUAUGGUCCCAAAAAUAUGUAGACUUUCCUACAGUAUUACAGUUCGGACUCGAUUAUAUUACCUUUUUUUUCAACAAUUAUUUUCAAAUCCUAUACAUAAUCAAAUCUCAAGAAAACGAUUUUUUCAUUAAUGUAUGAAUGUCAAAUAUUAAUAGAAAAAUAGCUUUUUUGGAUUGUGUCACAUUUACCCGAAACCCACUCACCCGAAUGACAGUUACCCGAAAGACAUUCACCCGAAUGUAACAAAUAUCCGAAAGCGACAGCUACCCGAAUGUAACAUCUACCCGAAUUGACACUUACCCGAAUGCGACAUUUACCCAAAUGCAACAAUUACCCGAAUGUAACAUUUACCCGAGAAUGUAACAUUUACCCGAAUGCUACAGUUACCAGAAUGUAACAUCUAUUCGAAUUGACGCUUACCCGAAUGCGACAUUUACCCGAAUGCAACAAUUACCCGAAUGUAACAUUUACACGAAUGUAAUAUUUACCCGAAUGCGACAGUUACCCUAAUGUAACAAUUACCCGAAAGCGACAUUUACCCAAAAGAAGAAUACAUUCAAAUAAUACACAAAUUUUACUAUAUUUGUAUUUGUAUUUGUAUAUUUAAUUCUGAUCAGUGUUAUAUAAAGAUCAUAUUUGUCUCAUACUUUCAUUUCCAUUCAAAAAGUAUUUUUCGUGGGAAGUACAAUUCGAGAUAAAUUUUGGAUAAAAUCCUUUUCAAAAUAAUGAAAAGUGAAAGAAUGCAGUUUUAUAACGUAUUAUUAAGUCCAUCCAUUCUUAUGGAUGACGCAGCUCGUUUACGAACGUCGGACGCCAUACGUUUAUCUGGUGCAUCACGUUUGCAACCAGGCAAUCAAAAUGCAUGACAUGCAUAAUUAACCGGGCAAACGUAAUGCACCAGGUAAACGUAUGCAGUCCGACGCUCGCUAACGCUCGGACCUGAUCGUCUCCUAUGUUUCAAACAAACCGGGCAAUUGGUCUAACACAGGUUUGCUUGCGAGAGGCCGCCGCUUUCGACGGCGAGUCGGCGGCCUACUCGGAUUGCGUCACCUCGGCGGCUUGGUGUCGCCUCGAUUCCUUAUCCUCGUUAAAUGGGGACUUCGUCCCCAUUACAUUGAUCUCAAAAUAAAUUUCAUCACGAAAUAAUAAACUCAUGAUAAAAAUUGCGCUGCGGCUGCAAAUACGUAAGUACCAUUUUUUCUUAUCUAUUCUUUUCACAUUUUCAUUAAAAAAAAUUAUGUUAAAGUUACCUGUUUAAUUUUCGGAAUAUUUCAUAACCCAUGCUCAUUUCUGAAUGAUCUCUUGGUCUUAAAGAGCAAUACGGAAAGGAAAGAAGACAGCAUGUCAAUUGUGCCUACACUAAUUUCUAAAAAUAACACAGCGAAGUCUUCAACAUCUUUUUCGAUUUUCCUCAUUACAAUUUCUCAGUUUACUUCGUAACUUCCUAACAGCAGAUUCGACAAAACUGAUUUGUCGGAAUUUUUCCUUCUUCAUUCAGGUAAACAUCCCAUUCGGGUAAAUGUCGCAUUCGGGAAAACGUUCGCAUUCGGGUAAAUGUCCAUUCGGGUAUAUGUUGCAUUCGGGUAUUUGUUACAUUCGGGUAUGCGUUACAUUCGGGUAAACGUGUUUCGGGUGAAUGGGACACAACCCUUUUUUCUGACUCGAUUAUGUAUUGGAUUCGAAAAUUAACGUUGAAAGUGAAAUUGCGAUUAUAUAUAAUCGAGUCCGACCUGUACUGUUAUAAAAGAACAUCGUGAUGCAGGACAUAAACAAUUUGAUUGAACUUCCUCCAGGUUACAAAAUCAGGAUACUUGAACAUUGGGAUUUCUUUAACGCCAAUAAUCAAAAUCACAUUUAUGGCUUUCAACAAAAAAUAUUUUUUACAGCUUGAUCGCUGGGGUUAAAUGUUAUAUUCUCAAAUUCUCGGUAGAAUUUCGAGGUUUGUUGAAAUGUUAUUCCAAUCAAAUGGCAAUUAGCAAACAAUGUGUAAUUUAGGAUAUGUAUUUUUCCACAGAAAUCAACAAAUCUAUUUGAUAUCAUUGUCAUAUUGAAUUAUUUAUCGUUAUCCUUCCAAUAUUUUGAAACGGUUUUAUUUAACUUGCCCUGUAUGUGAUUAUCCUUAUAUCCUUAUAUCCUUUGCGUGCAAUUGGUCCCCUUGCUACAAACAGUAGAAUAAGUUGAAAUGUAAAUACACAAUAGAUAUACGAAUAGAUUUAAGAAUUGAGUGUGUGAGAUUAUCAUUAUUGUAACAAUUUCCUUAUAGCCCAUCCUUUUCCUGAACAAAUAUGUCACCCUACUAAACUCGAGUAGACCGCGAGUAAUCGGUUUUCUACCUUACUUACCUUAGAUUUAGAAAAUGUUUAUGUAUAGUAAUAAAAAUAUAAUUAAGAAUUCGUCUCCUUUAAACUUAUGUAACUGAGCCUGUAAAAAUAAACGAAUUUAAUAAAAAAAAACUUGCCCUGUAGCGCUUUACCACAUCAAUAGAAACUUGAACCCCUUCCUGUUGACCAAUUGAUCAGAAAUUUAGAACACACCCUUAACGCUGCAGUCAUUAUAAAACUGCGUAUUUCAUUUUAAAAAUCCAAGAUGGCGGCCGCUACAAAGUGGCGGAUUACAUAUGUUCUCAAAACCCCAUCAAUAUGGGUAUCAAAUAAAAGGACUUGACUAGUAGAACACAAUUAUACAUAAUAAAUGUAAAUCCAAAAUGGCCGCAAGAACAAAAUGGCGAUAUAUAUUUUUUAUAACCCAAUAAAUAUGGGUAUCAAAUGAAAGGGAUUGACUAGUAGAACACAGUUAUUUAUAAAAAAAUGCAAAUCCAAAAUGGCUACCACCACAAAAUGGCCACAAUUACAUAUUUUCUCAAAACAAAUCCCAUCAAAAUGGGUAUCAAGUGAAAGGGCUUGACCAGUAGAUCACAGUAUUUUAUGGAACAUUCAAAUCCAAGAUGGCUGCUAUAUCAAAAUAGUCAAUUACUUUUUUACAUGGUUUCAUUCAAACUGCCCUGUUGUUUGUAUGUAUGUUUGUAUCUCUGUAGGGUUGUCCCACAUUAAAGGGGCUAGUACACUAUGGAAAAAUGAAAAAAUUAAAAAAAAACAUAUUUCUGGCUUAGAAUGUUCUCUGGGAUGUCUACUUUACUGUAGUUUUUGUCCCAGGUUUGUCCGAUGCUCCGUUCCAAAGUUACAAGCCCAUUAGUGGACCUAAUGGGCUUGUCUUUGCGUAAGAAGCGCGGAUCCAACAUUUCAAACGAGUUUUCCUCGGAACCAUAUUUUGCAAACUGGUGGGAGUUCUACGGAACGGUCCAUCCGAUUUUGAUGAAAUAGUUUUUCCUAGAUUCUCCACUAAAUUUCCUGUCAUUGUACGUAGGAUUUUUUUUAUAUUUUGAAAAAUAAAUUUUUUAUGAAUGUUUUUGUCUCGAUUUUUGAGGCGAAAACGCUUUUUUUUACAAAAAAAAUCGCAAUUUCGUCAAAAAUCAUUUUUUUGGAAAAAUCCUACGAUUACAGAAUAUUUAUCCAAGAUCACGUAAAAAAAUCAUUGGUUGAAAUCGGUCCACUAGAAAAACUUGUAGAUCUCCCACUAGUUUACAAGGUUUUUGGCUGCAAGGGUUCAACAAACCGGUUGCGGCUAUUCAGGGGACUGUCCAAUUGACAUCAUUUAUGUUUGUUUGUUAAGUAAUAUAUGCAUAAUAAAACGGCGAUAUCAGAUAAAUCAUAGUAAUUUAUUUUCUCGUUGAAAAAACUCGCGAAAAUCACAUAUUUUUUAUGAUGUUCAUAGUGUACAAAUUUGCCUCCAUUCUUUUUAACUUAUUGAUCUGAAAUUUGAAACAAACCUUUAUCUCUGCUGUCAUUUUAAUACUGUGUAUAUUACAUUAUCUUGAAAAAUCCAAUUUGGCCGGCGGUAAAUGAAUCACUUGACUUGGAGAACACACUACAUUAUGAGCAACAUAAAUUCAAAGAGGUGUAGGUUUUUUCUUGUAGUCCUCUCAAUAUCGGUAUAGAAUGAAAUAAUUUGACUAAUAGAAUACGGUACAUCAUCAAAAUAUUCCGAAGAAAAUUAGGUAAGAAAUAAAAUUAAAAAAAGUUGAAUGGUUUUAUUGUAGAGAUGUAUAUUAAUCAUACACAUAAUGUACUAAAAACUAGAAAAUAAAAAAGUAAAAAAAAACUUUCUAAGUUAAACGGCUUAAUGUACUAAAAGCUAGAAAUUAAUUGGGCAAGUAGCAGUUAGUAGUUAUCACUUCCUUUCCUUCAUUAAUCCAGGGCAUGAGACUAAAAUAAAAUCGUGGGGCUCGUCGGAUUUCCAUUAUCCACAGUUAGUUGUUUCAUAUAUGUUUUUUUUUUAACUUUUCUUGAUUCAAUCUACUCAACAUUACCAUCAUUCGUUUUUCCCGAGCAGCAACAGGUCUAAUGCCAAUCGCUUCCAGUGAUGAUGGGUUUCAACAUGAAAACCGAAACGGAUCGGAAAUUAGUUUCACAACUCAUAGAGAAAUAUUGUUGCACUCUCUUCCAAGCCGGCUCCGAUCGUGUAACCUACUAUAAUCGAUACCCCGUUGGCGUUUGCACCGGGUCUAGACGAGGUCAUUUUGGAAUAUCAAAUUGCUCUGCUACCACAACGACAACCGACUGCUACUGCUGUUGCUACAACUGAAAACCGGACGGCUCAAUGUAAGCCAACCGUGAUUAGAUCAAAUCCAGUUCAGUUCUUAUGCUGCGCCACUAAUUCAUGCCACUGUGUGUCUUUUCUACCCAACGGUUGAUUUUGUCAACGCAUUUUUUUAACUAGCGCAGAACAGUUGUAGUGAUUUAUUGCCUCACUUCCUGCCUGUGCCUCUUAUGCUCGCGGGUUGUGCUGGAUCCAAGGCUACUUGUGAUCAGCUAGCUACUUGUGGCGAAUUUCCGAACGGACCGAAGCAGCGGUGGUCGUCAUAACUUGGUGUCACCUCGUUUGAGCUGAACCGAUUAGCAGAACCAGCAUUGAAUUAUUCAUGAUGCGAUGAUCUAAUCUUCAUUCCGCAUGUCCGUCCUCCGUGUGUGCGAUCGUAGUUUUUGCGGGGCACUUCUUUCGCACUGUUUAACUGAUGUGUUGGAGAAAGCGAUUCAUUUAGGACGAUUCAAUUGGUUGUUUAAUUUCCGAUUUCGUCGAAGCGGGGGUGGUCGAUAUAAAGACUAUUGGGAGGUUUGUUUGCGUUAUCAGUACUCUGUGUUUCCUCGAAUCAACAGCAUCACAUCGACGGUACAAUGUUUUCCAAAUUGCUAAUUCUUGCAUGCCUGCUGGUUGCCACCGCCUUCGCUGAGCCUGGCUUCGAACAUCCCUCGCUUAGCUAUGGCGCUAAUCUCUUGGGAGGAUUUAAUCCCGAGUUGUACACCACUGUCAAAGCCCUAUCUCCCCUGCAGUACGGAUCAUCCUAUCCACUGUUGUACUCCGCCGCCGCACAGCUGUACGCAAAUUCCCUGCAAAAGCCCGUCCGGCAGUACGCCAGUGCUCCCCUCCAGUACGCAAGUGCCUUCCCGGUAAGCUACGCUGCCCCCGCUCCCCUAGCUUACACCAACCAACCCACUAGCCACCUAACAUACGGAGCAAUUCCCUCUCCGCUAACCUAUGCCGGGCAGUCCUUUUACAACCCCCAAUACGCUUCGUACGCAGCCGCUCCCGUUUACACCCCCACAUUGGCAUACGGUAGCAGCAGCAGCAGCGGCGGAAGCGGAAGCGGAGGCUCACCAUCAGCAUCAGCCCUCAAUUACGCCGCUGCUGCUGCCGCCGCAGCCGCCAACGCUCAAGCUCUCGGAAAUUCUGCCUACACCACUGCCACUUCCGUCCAGGGAGCUCUGGACGCAGCUCUGGGACGGUCUGCCGAGCUCUUCUACGGCCGCAGAGUACCAUUUGCAUUUACCGGUCAAACUGCCGCGGGUGCAGCGACCCAAGAAGCCGCACGCCAAGCGGCCGCCGUCCAAUUUCCUUCGGCUUACAAUUCGGCGUCGGCCCUGGUGGAAACACCCGCGCAGGCUCGAUCAGAUAGUCAAUAGGAUCCGAUGGUUCGAGAAGCACCUCCGGAGGAGCCACAAGCUGGGGGAGGAACGCUAAAGACCGGAACUCUCUUCUUACCGCGCAGGCGAAAUUGAUGUUUUGAUUUUAUUUCGCCAAACCCUCGCACCGUUGUUGUUUAAUUAUUUAUUCUGUUGAUACUAGUUAGUGUUAUAGAUAAUUACAAAUAAAAUGGAAAAAAAUGAAAAGAGUGAUAAAAAUAAGGGUUUUUUAUUUUAAUGAGAGAAGGUUUUGUGAAAGUCAUCGGAAUACUUGAAUGCUGUGCAGAAAUUAAGGCGACACGAAUGAGCAAUUGAUUAUUGGCAGUAGAAAAAAGGCAUAUUGCGUGACUUAUAGAAAUCUAUUAUAAUGGAAAUAAUUGGCGAAAAAAUAUGAAAAAAUAAUACAUCAAUGAAGAUCAUGAAGAAGAAUCUGUCGAAAAAAGGUUUGUUCCAAUUUGGCUCGAACCUUGCAAAUUUCUGACGUAGGUUCACGUGUUUCUAUAAUAGCUUAAAUUCAGAAUGUUUUUUAGUCUCGUUCAAUGAAAUAGUUUUAACAUUAAUGAUUUUUUUUGCAACCAACGGGUUUGGGUGAUUUUCAUACCAAUUCAAUCAGAAUUUCUCUAAGAUUUGUGUGAUAUGCUAUACAUUACUAUUCCUCAAAAAAAAUAGUUGAAAUUGACAGAAGUUGGAAGCAUUAUAAUUUUUCCAUACAUUUGUUUUAUUCUAUCCAAACAGAGUCGUUUAUAAUACUUGCAACCACUCACCCAAUCAUUUUCCAACAUGGGCUUUUUCCAAAAUUCUUAUUGUCAAGACUAGAAGCUAAUGAACUUCGAAGUUUUAAAACCGCAUAAAACAAGAAAAAUACAAUUUUUGCCAAUUGUUGCUCUACUACUGAACGGAUUGAUCGCACCUAAAUCGUUCGUCUCGGAAUGUGUAAUGUAGACUCAGAGCAGUGCAUUCAUUAUCACUAAGAAAACACACUGUGAUAUAUGGCCGACCAGCUUGUGUACUGUUCUUGCGUGGACAAGACAACUUAAUCAACCAUCCUCAGCUGUUUCUAUAAAACCUCGCAAACCAUCGAUUCUUAUCAGGGCCUCCCAAAUUUUUCACCAAUGAGUUUAUUCUAUAGAUUCGUUUCCUUCCAGAAUAAUGUCCAGACUGAUAAACGAACGAAUUUAAAAACAUCAUUUUGGAGGCCUACGUCAAUAAUGAAUCUCUACAAUUCACAAUAAUGGAAUUUAAGGGUGAAAAUCAAAUACUAAGAGAAAGUAGGCGCAAACGCAAAACAAAUUUCAGUCAUAGAAAAUCAUUUCAUGUUUACCCGGGUACCGAUUUAUCCUUGAAGCCAGAAUUAUUUUCGAAGUACGUUUAACGCAUAUUUUAUUGACACUGCGAAAUUGCUCUAAAAAAGUGAGUGUAAAGAAAAAGAGAGAAAGGGAGAUUGAAGAAAAUGUAUAACAAUAGAAAAAAAUAAUGCAUACAGUUUGAUACUGAAGAUUUGAUUAAGUCGAAACAGAUACUCUACAGAUACAAAAUUGAUGAAAAUCGUUAUUAUUACAAAUUACAAAUUAUGAAAAAAUACAAAAACAACAAAAAAUUACAAAAUGACAACAAUGAUAAAAAUAACAAAAAUGACAAAAUACAAAAAUUAGAAAUUACAAUAAAUUACAAUAGGAAAUCAAAAAAAAAAUGAAAUAUAAAAAAAAAUUAUAAAAAUUACAAAAACUACGGAAAUUAGAAAAGUUUCCAAAAAUUACAAAAAUAACAAGUGACAAAUCUAAUAACAAUGACAAAAUUGAUAAAAAUAACAAGAAUAAUAAAAAUGACAAAAUACUAGAAUUGGAAGGAUUAAGAAAACUACGAUAAGAGCUCAAGAAAAAUAUACCAUAUGAAAGAAAUAUAUUUUAUACAAAUCAUUAAAAAUGCCAAAAAAAUAAAAAAAUUACAAUUACAGAAAUUACAAAAAACAUAAAAACAUACACAUACAUAAAUUACAAGAAUAAAAAAAAACUGAAAACAACCAAAAAUUUACAAAACGAUAAGUUAAAAAUCUAAUAACAAUGAUAAAAUACAGAAAUUAGAAGAAUUACGAGAAUUACAAUAAGAGCUCAACUCAAUUGAACCCAAAAUAUAAAAUAUAAAAAAUAUAUUUUAUGGAAAUUAUAAAAAAAUAUCAUAAUUAGAAAUGUUGCAAAAAUUACAAUUCGGAUAAAAAUAACAAAAAUUACAGAAAUUACCGAAAAUAAAAAAAAACAAUUAUGCAUAACAUAAACGCAUGAAAACUACAAAACAUAUUAAAUUGAAAAGAAUUAUAAAAAUAACAUAAAAACAAAAAUUACAGAAACGACAAAGUUACAAAGUUGCAAACUUAAUUACAAUGACAAAAUGGGUAAAACUAUCAAAAGUAACAAAAAUAACAAAAAAAAUACGAAAUACAAGAAUUAGAAGGAUUACGAAAAUUGAAAUAAGAACACAAGAAA